AUGUCGCGGCUUGCGGGCAAGAUGCCCAAGCUGGCGACAGCUCCCGGAGCCCGGCCAUCCUCCUUCCCCUCUAUGCGCCCCAGCAGAACCACCAGCACACCGUUACAAUUCCGCCGCCUCGAGUCAACACAGCGCUUCAGCCCCCCUCCCUCCUCUACUUCCUCCUCCACCACCACCAAGAAACCCUCCAGCGGCCCCUCCUUCAAGGGCCAACUCACACAGUCCAUCACCAAGCGCAUCCAGCGCGAAAGAGAUGAUCUCAAACGCCUCUCCCACAUGCGCCCCCAAAACAGCCUGGGCAGGAUGAUGGGCAUGACCUUUGUCCUCUUCACCGUCGGCGCAAUCUCCUACUGGUGCGGCCUCAAAUACCCCAAAGAAGCCGACCCGGCCUCCACCCUCCCCCUGGCAGCCACCAAACCCCCCAAGCACAACCUCAACCCCGCCCACCUCGAGGCCGCCUGGUCCGACUUUGUCGCCAUCGUCGGCAAGGAAAACGUCUCGACCGCGGACGACGUCAUCUCCCAGCACGCCACCUCGGAGUGGUCCACCCACCGCGCUGCCGACGACCAGAAGCCCUUUUGCGUCGUUUACCCCGCCACAACCGAGGAGGUGUCCGAGUUGAUGAAGGUGUGCCAUUACAGACGGAUUCCCGUGGUGGGAUACUCUGGGGGGACGAGUCUGGAAGGGCAUUAUACCCCGACUAGAUCAGGGAUAUGCAUUGAUUUCUCAAGGAUGAACAAGGUGCUCUCGUUGCACAAGGAUGACUUGGACGUGGUUGUCCAGCCUGGUGUAGGGUGGGAGGAUCUGAACGAGAUGCUCGCGGAGCAAAAUUUGUUUUUCCCGCCUGAUCCAGGGCCGGGGGCGCAGAUUGGGGGGAUGAUUGGGACUGGAUGCUCGGGCACAAACGCGUACAGGUACGGGACGAUGAGGGAGUGGGUUUUGAGUCUUACGGUUGUCAUGGCCGACGGGACAGUCAUCAAGACGAGACAGAGACCAAGAAAGAGUUCGGCGGGGUAUGAUUUGACGAGGCUGUUUAUCGGUAGUGAGGGCACACUGGGUUUGGUGACGGAGGCGACGCUCAAGGUUACGGUUAAACCUGCUAGUGAAUCCGUCGCUGUGGCAUCGUUUGGGUCCAUCAGAGAAGCGGCCAACUGUGUCGCCAAGGUGGUAGGGGAGGGUGUCCCCGUUGCUGCGGUAGAGAUUCUAGAUGACGACCAGAUGAGGUUCAUCAACCAAGCUGGCGCUACGUCCAGAAGCUGGAAGGAGGCGCCCACUAUUUUCUUCAAAUUCACCGGUACCCCCUCGGGGGUAAAAGAGCAGGUGGCCAUCGUCCAAAAGAUCACCAAGGGCAGCGGCGGCAAGUCGUUUGACUUUGCCAAGGACGAGCAGGAACGGGUCGAGCUCUGGAGCGCGAGGAAGGAGGCGCUCUGGAGCACCAUGGCGGUGAAGAAGCCCGGGGACCGGGUGUGGACGGGGGACGUGGCUGUCCCGAUGAGCAGGCUGCCGGACAUUAUUGACCAGACGAAGCAGGAUCUGGGACGGUCGGGGUUGAAGAGCUCGAUUGUGGGACAUGUCGGGGAUGGGAACUUCCAUAUUAUCUUGUUGUACUCGGAUGCGGAGAGGAAGUUGGCCGAGGAGUGUGUUCAUCGGAUGGUGAAGAGGGCUGUGGAGAUGGAGGGGACUGUGACUGGCGAGCAUGGUGUUGGGCUUGUCAAGAGGGAUUACCUCCCUCAUGAGCUGGGAGAGAGCACAGUUGAUGCUAUGAGAAAGAUCAAGACGGCAUUCGACCCCCUCUGCCUUCUCAAUUGCGAUAAAGUCGUGCGCGUCGAGAAGCCAGCGAGAGGGGAGGUUUCUGAAUGGUAA